AGUAGAGAUUGAAAAAUUAGUACAAGAAUCUUUGACAUCGUAUUGACACAAGAACACGUGCUGACCGUAACGUAACCGUAAACAAGUGUGAAGGUAUAAGAUCACUCACCAAAUAGAAUAUUAGUUAGAUCUCGCUGCAAGCACGUAACCAUAAACAAGGAGACGAACUACAACUACAGCCACCUCUACGACCAAACAGAAGAUGAUCUCUAGGAGAGUCUAGAGGAACACGCACAAGAUUUUCGCCUCGAACGAGAAGGAACAGGAAGAACCAUAUCAGCACAGUGGACGCAGUAACUUCUGUUCCGCGCUAAAAAUAUCGUGAGCUCGCAUCCAUAUCCACUAUAAGAAAGUCGACGUGGUCAAGUAGAUGCACUACUUUUUGUUGUCAAGAGAAUCAGUGGACCUUAUCUCGGCAGCGCCUCCGCUUCAGCUCGCGACCCCGAGUGAGACUGAGUUGCCGUUUCACCUGCCGCCGGUUUGCGAACUGGAUAAAGCUGAGGCCGCUCCUUCAGUAGCCCCAGGAUACAAAAAAAAAAGUCGUAGCUGGAGUGAGACCCCUUGAAAUCUGAAAUCAACAGUUACAGUACCAGAAAGAAGUCUACGGCUACCAGAGUCCGCGAAGGCUACCUCCGCAUUUACCGAAGUGUGGCGUCGGAUUGGAAAGAUGUUGAGCAUGUUGAGUUAUGGACAGAAGUAGAUCUCUGUGAACAAUUGAUCAAGCACACAUCACUUUGAAGACUCUAACUCACAAACCUCGCACCUCAAAUGCCCUUUCGUACGUUUUUCUUCGUGGUUUCUUUGUCUCUGAUGGAAAUGGUGGAGGCAAAACAAAGCGUUUUGUGCGUGAACUUAUGACGCAGAUGUAAAAAUAUGGAGUUCUAAUAGGUCACUAUCCCAAGUUAAUCCCUCCAGUCAGAUUAUAGUAUAAGUAUUACCGCUUGUACUUGAUUGAUUUUCUAUUUCUUGUUUUCGAGUUGGCUGGGCUCCACUGGAAUUACAGUAGGUACCCACUGCACAGUUUCUUCUAUACUCACUUCUUCUUCAAUGCUUCUCGAACAACAUCUCUAAAAGAAACCGAUGCGUCUUCUUGCACGCGCCCUGCUGAUACUCCGUACUUGAGGGGAGCGUCUUUUACUCAAGUUCGCACUGAAAAAAAGGCUCGUGCUAGUGGUGGUGCUCCUGCCGCUGAUACUGAUGAGAAGUCUUGUGGCUGUGUUCCCCAGGAACGCGUAGCUGCUGCUCCUGCUGCUGGUGCUCCUGCUGCUGGUGCUCCUGCUGCUGGUGCUCCUGCCGCUGGUACUGAUGAGAAGUCUUGUGGCUGUGUCCCUCAGGAAAAGGCAGCUCCUGCUCAUAACGGGAAACCUGAAUCGUGAAGCAGUUUUCUUGCUUAAGGCUUGUGCUGACUCCUUACUUCGCUUUUCGGUUUAGUUUAGCUACAGGCUCCUUAGUAACUAGACUCUAAUAUCGAGGUUUUUUUUUUCAUAACACCUAUCUAUGGAAAAAUUCGGUCUCUUCUUUGUCUUCUGCACCUGUCUAAAUUUGUAGCACGAGAAAUUUGCCAAAGGGCCUAAUGUUGUCGAUUGGAUGACGAAUACAUUCUCCUUAAGAGGAUACUGGUAUAGAAAAGUUUUGGUGACGUCCGUAGUUUACGUAUAUAGUUGUAAUCUCUGUUCUUGUAGUUCAAAGAAAGAUCUUGUAGUUCGAUGAAGAUGAUUGAUGUAGGGAAGGUCAUGCUAGAAGACUAUCAAAAAUUCAAACAGCAUUGUAACAGCAUUGUAUGUAACAUUGACAGCAUUUUGACUUUUUAUUAGGCAAGAACAUAAACAUAUUUCUUCGACAAACACACUCACACAAAACAACGCACAUACCAUAACAAUGUACACUUUCUUUGAACGUCACAAACCUUGGGAAGUAACACGUUUGGUACAAUUAUGAUUAGACAAUGAC